AUGAGCAGCCAGCCGACAUCCCGUGAAGUCUCCCCAACACCACGCCGCAUACCAGGUGGUUCUAACCCGGAUGUACGCGAGGCUGUCCAGAUGAUGGUCACAGAAGUAACCAUGUUUGACCAGAUCAUGGAGAAGAUCAACUCUCUAGUUGCAGAGGUAUGGGAGUACCAGGAGCAGAAUGAUGCCCGACUACAGCGCCAUAAAGAGGCCUUUGAACAUCGCAUGCAGGAAGGCACUCUAGAUCAAGAACACUGGAGGAGACCCGCCUUCAACUACGCUGCGCCCGUGCCUGUGGUACAUACCCGAGAACAGGAAAUUCAGGAGCUCCGCCGCCAGCUAGAGGAACGGAACAGGGAGCUGACUGAGGCCCGCCAACGACUACAGGGGUCAGGUGUUGCACCAGCACCCAUGGAAUGUGCCCAAGACCGAGAGAUUCAAGAGCUUCGUCGUCAACUUCAGCAGCGGGACCAGGAGCUAGCAGAGGUCCGCCGUCUCGCCCCCUCAGUACAACAUACCAUGACUAGGUGUCAAGACCACCAUCAGCAGCCUCCUGUCAUUAAUGGAAGCCACUCUCCUCAGCCUCUUCCUCGGAGCCGCCCCCACACUCCAAUACCAGAGCAGCAGCUGUAUCCUGAACGUCGACACACAUAUGACCCACAAACAUCCCUGCCACAGCAGUUCCGGCCUAGGUCUUCGCCUCAGCGUCCCCAGUCAGCACAUCCUUCGUCUCAGUUGUCUGGCACACCAUUUUCCUAUGUGUUCACGAAGGAAACUGUCCCGCACUUCAAGGGGGAUACUUCCGCCUCACAGCCGCUCAAAAAGAACCAAGCAAUAGAGAGUUGGAUUCGGACAAUUGAGAACAUUGUGAAGCCAGCCACAUCAGAGAUGUUCAUUCAGGCAGCGCGGGCAAACUGCAGAGGUCCAGCCGAGCUAAUCAUUAAUUCCCCUCUCUUCGACUCGAUCACAGAAUGGGACACAUUCAAGGCAGCUCUCCGUAGUAAGUUCCAAGGUACCUACACCUCCUCGGACUUCUACAAGGUUCUAUACGACAUGCGGAUGACACCAAGCCAAGCACCAAUGGACUUCUUUUUGCAGUUGGAAGGGCACGUCUAUCAGGGAUAUAGGGAUCACCGCGAGGCCAUUGGUGAUCCAUCCGAACUAGUGAAGAGGGUCUUCCUGAGUGGCAUCCCCGCAUGGCUCCAAGACUUCCUCUCUGUUAAAGAAGAUGGUAGCCCAACCCAGAUAGCCGAAACAGCACAGCGCAUCUGGAAUUCACGCAAUGGCAUAAGGCAUAGUGAUACUUCAGCAGAGGAAAAUCCCUACCACCCUAAUCGCCCUCCACGGGGUCGGGAUUUGUAUGCUAUGCCGGUAGUUGCUGAGCGUUCCAGUCCACCUUAUCAUCGAUCACCUGUCAGGGAGAGGUGGUGUGAGCAUCGGGUAAGAACUCACGGUACAUCUGAGUGCAGAGCCAGGGCUGAGACCCUAGAUCCACAGUCUCCGCGACGACGAUGCUACCAUUGCAGAGGUCCAGGACAUUUGGUGAGAGAUUGCCCCUUUCGUGAGCGCCAGGGUGACCAAGCUCCAGGAACCGCUGGCAGGUUCGAUCCAAGGAGCACCUCACGUGGAGACGUUACCUCUCAAGAAGGGAAUGGCAGUGACAGGGCCUACCGGACGGCCAGUUGCGGAACUCAAUACCUUGAAAUGCACCAUACGGUCACUGUGUGUGAUGUAAGAUUUCCUGGAGACAUACUCCUGGGGAUGGACUUUUUGAGAAGAACCACCUUUAACCUGUCCUCAAGGUCCCAGGAUGACAGCGCCUGCCUGACUUUAGAAGGCCAGGAGUUUCAUGUGAAUUAUACUGAUGCCCAAUCCCUGCAGCUGAGUGUAGUGAGAGUGACCACACCAGAAGUUCCAGUGAAUGCUGAAGAGAGCCGCUUUUCCCAGCUUCCACCACACAAUGUGCGUUUCUUGGAGGGUGUAGUGGCAAGGUCUUGUUCUGAUGAUGGGGAUGUUUUGUUUACACCGCAAGUAACAGCUGUGUGCAUAUCACCGUUUGUGCUGAGUACUGUUUCUAGACGGCGAUGCCCUGUGUGGGCAGUCAACAGCACAAGGCCAAUUCGAUUAACACAAGGGACAUGUUUGGGGAUGGUAUCUGCUGUCGAGGCUGUUUUUACGACAGAAACCUCAGCCUCCGAGACUUCCGACUCCAAUGCCUGCAAUUCUGCUUAUCCAGAUUUGAGUGAAGACAAAAGGGAAGAUGAGGAUUUCCAGUGGGAGGAAGACCAGUUUGACAGAACCUUUGUGAUAGAGGAUUUUGGUUAUGGCAGCACUGCCACUGAUGUUGCUGAUGAUCUUCCGCCAUCACAAGCCCUUGCCGCAAUCGAAGCUGCUAAUAUCCCAGAUUACCCAUUGCCCUUGGAGACUGAAUACCAGAUGCCUGAUCUGGAUCACUUAGGAGAAGAUCAACGCCAGGAGUUGCUGAGACUUCUGUGUAGUUACAGUACCCUUUUUGAUGGAGGUGAGGAUACUGUGGGCCACAUCCCAGGCAUUCAGCACAGGAUUGAUACAGGGCAAGCAACACCUGUAUGUACCCGCCAGUGGCGUCUCCUGCAAACAACCCGUCAAACAAUACGCA